GAGUGCAAUAGGAAGAGGCUGCUUCCUGCAGAAGCCACAGAACUUCAAGGGGAGGAAAGGAACCGUAUGUUUGCAUGGCAUGUGCUGAUUGAAACCAAUUACGCUUUUCAUGUAGACUUCAGCUGAUCCUGGAUCACUGGAGAAGUGUCGGGCGGAGCCGCAUCCGCUGACCUGCAUCAGCACCACUGACUUUGAAUCAGAGGAAUGGCAUCUGCUCAGCGCUAUGGCCGUUCAGACAGGGAGAUUGCCAAUGAGAUGCAGAGGCUGCAGGAUGAGCAGGAAGCUGUGCAGAAGCGAACGUUCACAAAAUGGAUCAACUCUCAUCUAGCAAAGCGUAAUCCUCCUUUAGUGGUCUCUGAUCUCUUUGAAGAUGUGAAGGAUGGAGUGAUGUUGUUAGCUCUUCUUGAAGUCCUGUCUGGUCACAAACUGCCAUGUGAACAGGGCCGCAAGCUGAGGAGGAUCCACUGGGUUGCUAAUGUUGGAAGAGCACUGAAGUUUCUGGAGGGCAGGAGGUCGGCCUACAGAGGAUCUCCGAUUAAAUUAGUUAACAUCAACACAACAGAUGUGGUAGACGGCAGGCCCUCGAUUGUGCUUGGGUUGAUAUGGACCAUCAUCUUAUAUUUCCAGAUAGAGGAGCUCACCAGUCAUCUACCAGCCCUACAGCCUCAAUCUAGCAGCAAUUCAUCAGUGGAAAGCUCCAACAGCGCUGAGACCAGCAGCCCACCUGUCAAACGCAAGCCCCGCCUUUCUUUUCAGGGCGGGGCCAAGAGAGCCCUUCUCAAAUGGGUGCAGACCACAGCAACAAAGAGAUUGGGUCUGGAUGUGAAAGACUUUGGCCCCAGCUGGCGCACAGGGGUGGCUUUUCAUGCUGUCAUCUUUGCUUUGCAACCCCAUCUGGUUAACAUGGAACGUGUCUGGAGGAGACCCAACAGGGAUAACCUAGAAGAGGCCUUCUCUGUGGCUGAGAAAGAACUGGGCAUCCCACGAUUACUUGACCCUGAAGAUGUGGAUGUGGAUAAGCCAGAUGAGAAGUCCAUCAUGACAUAUGUGGCACAGUUUCUGAAGCAUCACCCAGAUCGCCAAGAGACAGAGAUAAGACGGCAACAAGAGGAGUUCUAUCUUGCUCCUCGAGCCAUUGAAGAAAUGUUAGAGAGGGAGCAGCGUAAGACACUGAGGGAGCUGAAAGCGUGGGCAGAUCAGUUGGAGAGAGACUGUGCUCAAGCCCAGAGGGAUGGAGGAAGUCUCGCCGUGCAGUACCAGACAUUCAAGCGUUAUCGUGUACAGUUUGAGGUGCAGAGAAGGCAAGUGGAAAAAUGCAUUCAGUCCACUCAGAAGGACAGCAAACUGACUGAAGAUCAGGCUCUGGUCAAACAGGCCUGGGAGAGACUGUCUGCACGGUUUUUGGAUUGGCAUCUACAGCUGGAUAGUGGUUUGCCUCAUCCUUUGGGUGAAGUUGGAGUGUGGUUACAUCAAGCAGAAAAGAUCCUACGAGAGGAACUGGUCCCUCAGCAAUCCCAUGACGAGACCGCCAAAGCCAUUCACAAAAAGCGACUACACGACCAGGAGAUCUUAAGGCUUCUUGAAAGACACAAGCAGACCUUGCAGUUAAUACACAGAGACAGAUGUGUUAAUAAUGUCCCCAUUCCCAUGGAACAACUGCAAGACAUGGCAGAGAGAUUAAACUACAUAUCUACCUCCUCCCAUGUUCACUUGAGCAAACUGGAAUUCUGGGAGACAAAAUACUCUAUGCUGGCAUUUUUGACCCUAGUUGAGUCCAAGCUCAAAUCCUGGAUAAUUAAAUAUGGUCGACUGGAAUCAAUGGAGCUUUUGCUACAAAGCUAUGGUUCUUUUGUGGAGGGGCAGCAGUUCUUUGAGAAGUAUGAAUCCAGCCACCAGGCUCUUAUAAACACUGCUGAGCUCUACAUUAAAGCAGACAGCUCAGUUGAGGGAGGGGUAAAGCUCUUCCUGCGAGAGGUGUCUGAUCAGUGGAGGAGUCUGUCGGUGGAGGUGCGAAGCGUACGGUCUAUGCUGGAGGAGGUGCAAUGUAACUGGCUGAGGUACAACAGUUGCGUGGCCUCAUUGCAAGCCUGGCUAGAGGACGCUCAGGGGGCUCUUAGACAACCUGAGAACACCAAACGGGAGUUUUUUCGUAAUCUUCCACACUGGAUGGAGCAGCACGCUGCUAUGAAUGAUGCAGGAAACUUUCUGAUUGAGACCUGUGAUGAAACAGUGACACGUGACAUAAAGCAUCAGCUCCUGCUUCUCAAUGGAAGAUGGAGGGAGCUAUUCCUGAAGGUCAAAAAGUAUGCUCGUCUUCCUGAGACUCAUAAUGUGAGGAUGCACCAGGAUGUCAGCUUAGACAUACAAGAGUUUCUGGACACUUCCAUUACCAAACUUUCCUCGCCGCUUCAAGUGUCAUUGUUGGAUGUCAAAGCCUUUAUGCAGGAUGUCGAGGACAUCAAGCACAGGCUGCCUGGUGUGGACGCACAAUAUAAGGCAGCUGCUCGCUCUGCACAGCUUCUGGCCAAAGACUCUGUUCAUGGUAGCGGAAGUAAAGCACUUUCUUCUGUAACAACUGCAGAAGCACAGCUCCAUCAGCUGAAAGAAAAGUGUCCUUUAAUUCUGAGGGAGUGCCAGGCUCUAUUUCCUCUGUUAGAGGAGUUAGAGAAACAAAUCUCAGCUUUUUACCAGACAGCGGAGAAUGCUGGACACAUCAUCACACAGCAACACAACCAGGAAAUGUGCCAGGAGCUACAAACUCAGCAGCAGACCUGUAAACGUUGUGUUUGCGCUAUGGAGCGCAGUUACCUGUCCCUACAGAGGGCGCUGUGCUGUGCGAAAUCUCUACACAAUUUUGACAUGUCCUUCCUGCAGAACAGAGUAACCGAGAUUCAGACCACUGCACAGGCUCUAAUCCAGGAGGCUUUAGAAUGGAGGCAGGUGGCAGAGACUAAUGGCAACCUCAUGCGGAGAUAUGAAGAGUCUCGUGCUGACCUGGAGAAGGUGCUGCGCGUGGGCCAGGCCUGUUUAAAGGAAAGGGGAGAACCAGAUGAGCUGUUCCUCAAACAUAAUGAGUUCUUUGGGCGACUGGACCAGCACAUUUUAAGUGCUUAUCUAAAGGCGUGUGAUGACCUCACUGAUAUCAUCUCUGAGGAAGACCAACAGAGUCUGCGGGAGACAGUCAGACGACUGCACAAGCAAUGGAAGGACAUUCAAGCCGAGGCCCCAUCCCAUCUGCUCAGACUCCGGGUGGAAACAGAGAGGCGUUUGGUGAUGGCCAUGCUACAGGAGUGUCAGGUAGAGCUGAAAAGGGAGGACAAGGCCCUGCUCACAGCCGGCAGUGAAAGAAUGAUCAAAGAACACAGGGCCUUUUUCAGACAGAAAAACCCUCUUUCUGCUUGUGAGAAGCGACUAAAGACAAUGGAGCAUCUCUGUCAGGAUCUUCCAGAGAAUGAUAUGGGCCAUCAAACGCUGGAGGAGACCAGGGAUCAUCUUUCGGAGGUCAGGGGUUUAGUAGAACGAACACACUUGAAACUACAACAGCACCCGGAUAAAUGGAGAGAGUGGCAUGCCAGGUUCCGUGAGCUAUCUGGAUGGCUUCUUUCCCAGCAGACAUCUCAGAGUGAUGCUGAAAUCUCCUCUGUCCAGAUGCAGCGUUGGGUGGUAAAGGCUCAGGGCGAGACUCUGGACUGGCUCAAAGCUCGUCUUGCUGUCCUGGAGGACAUAAGUCCUGAGAGUGAGGUUCACACACAGAGAGCUGCUCUUGAUAAACUCUCACAACAGUUUUCUGCACUGCUGCUGUCUCUGUCUGAGGAUGUUCCUGUUUCAGUGGCCAAUGAAGGAAACAUAAAGGCUGGAGAGGAGGUGAUCCAGACACAGGAACACAAAAGAAUACUGAACGCAGAGAAUGUAACAGAGGCCAAACAGCUGCUCCUCAUUCACCAGCAAAAUAUGAAAACCCAGCAAAAAAAAGAGACAGAUCUCCGUUCUCAAGGAAAUUUCUGUAAAGAAGACUGGGCAGCUCAGGAGAAACACCUGCAGGUUACUGUGAGUGCAUGGCAGGAGUUUGACGUGGAGAGAGAGGCCAUCUGGCAGUUUGUGUAUCUUGUCAGUCCUGUCCUGCAGAGGGAGCUCAUCUUCAGUAGCCUGGACAACCUCAAGAUUGAAAUGAAAAAUGUUAACGAGCUUCAUGAGCAGGGUAACAUGUUUGCUGUAAGAGCUGAGUCCCUGGUGAAGAAGGCAGCCGAUAUUAAACUUGGUUCUCAGAAUCAGUCUUUACUACAGGAUCAGGCCCAGUCCACCAAAGAGAGGCUGCAGGAGAUACAGGCCAGCCUCAGGAAAAUUUUGUCAGAUCUGAAGAUGAUGCACAGAUGGUGGCAAGGUUUCAGCCGUGAGUCUGAGGCUUUCUUCUCUUGGGUCUGUGAUAGUAAGAAGGAGCUUGAAGCUUUCAGCAGAACCUCUGCCAACCUGGAUGAGCAGAUACACACUGUGGAGAUGCUGAAGGAGGGCUUAGAGGAGAAGAUGGACGUCUUUAGCCGAUUGGAGGCAGAGUUUCAUACCUUAAUUCAUUUCGUCACACCGAAUGAGGCAGGGCGAAUUAAAACACGUCUGAUGCAGAUUGGAAGAUACCGGGAGGAGUUUAAGAACAGUGUGGAGCAAAGAGAAGCAGAGCUUCACUCUAGCUUGAAAAAUACAAAACAGUUUAUCCAAGAUCUCAACGAGGUGGAAGGUUUCCUGAAUGGACUACAGGAAAAACUGAACGUACCAGUGACUUCAUGUACAUCAGCAUCAAUGACAUAUAAAACUCUCCAUGAACAUAUGGAUGUAGUGCAGCGUCUACAGCAGCUGGGGCCCAGGCUGAUGUCUCUGAGUCUGGGCUGGAGGAGGCUGUCUGAUGGCGGACGGCUGGAGAAAGCUGUGGCUGACAUUCAGCAAGCUCACAAAUUACAUACCCAGCAAGCCACUGAAAAACAAUCUAAACUGGAAAACCAGUUGACUCUGUGGCAAAGAUAUGAGAGAGAUCUCUCACAUUUGCAGUCCUGGUUGAACAGGUGCGAAUCUCUGUGCAGUUCAGAUUCUCCAUACCUGACCACAGACAAUGUGAAGCUACACAGCCAGCUUCAGAUGCUGCAGGACAUGCAGUCAGAAGUUCCCUCUCAGGAGGCUUUGUUGGAAAGUUUGGAGACCCGUGCAGAGUCUCUGUACUCUUCGGCCUCAGAGGAAAGGACAUCAGAGCUUAGAGAUCUUCACUGUAGCCUGGAGGAGAGGUGGUGUUCUCUCAGUACCAGUAUACCACUCAGGAUUCAAGAACUUCAGUCCCAUCUUUCUAAGUUGGAGCAGUUCAGUCAGAUCUCGCUUGCUCUGACUCAGUGGAGUGAGAACUUCCUCAGGCACAUCCAAAGCACUUGCAAAGUCAACAUCACUGAUCUACAGUCUGCUGAUUCCAAAACCAAGGAGGACAGGGUGUCCCUUCAAAACCAGGGAAGGUCACUGGAGGCCUUACAGCCACAUCUAGAUGCCCUCAGCCCAUCCUUAGCCUCAAAAGACCUGCAGCAUCUCCAGACCAGGAAGGAAGACUGCCUUCAACUCUUCAGUGAAGCUCAGAGUUUAGUAGAGCAUCGAGAUGAAGCUCUACUCAAACUAAAAGACUUCUAUGAAACCUACAAUAAAGCCAGAAUCUCUCUACAGACAUUCCAGGAUGCUGCUGAAGGAAGAGGGAGCUGGGAUGACUCCAAAGUCAGGGACAUAAAUCAGGAACUCGGGGACCUCACCAAGGAGUUAGCUUGUCUGGAGGUUCAGGCCAUUAGCCUGGAUAUCAUCCUGAACAAAGCACAUUUUCAUUUACAGGGGGCAGAGGAGGAAAGAACAUCCUGCAGAGGGCUGGUGGAUGAUGUUGCAUUGAGCGUGCAGGUGCUUCAGAGAAGCAUUGGGACAAAGCAGAGUGAGGCAGAGAAUCUAGCAACCAUGUGGAGUUCCUUUAGGGGAUGGAAGGAGCUGCUGCUUGGGAGUCUGGCAAAGCUGGAGGACAGAGCCAAUAUACCAUGGCCUACAGAAGCCAGCGCACAUGCCUUUCAACAGAGGUUGUGGUUGCUGAAACAGUUGGAAGAGGAGCUCCAAGCCCUGCAGCACAGUCAGCUGUGGUUGGGAGAAAGAGGAGAACAACUGGCCCACAGAGAUUCUGAGCUGGCAGGGGAAGCCCAGCGGGACGUAGGCUUGGUCCAGUCCACCUGGGAGAGGAUUAGGGCAAUUAUUGUGGAGGACCAUGACCUUUGUGCAAACCUGCUGGAGCUCUGUAGGGAAUAUCAGACCCUGAAAACCAGGAUCAGCUCAGUCAUAGAGAGAGCUCAUGCCAUCACAGUGGCCCACUCGGACCCACACAACCCAGAGGAUAUCCGCAGAGCUCUGUCACGGCUGGAAGCGGUGAGGCCAGAGUUGGCGGCCACUAAGGAGGACCUGAAUGAGCUCAUUGGUUCAGGCAAACACCUGACCGGUGUAUUGAAGAAGCUUCCAGAGGAAAGUGUCCAGAGUGAAAAUGUCACAACGGAGACAGAUGCCAUUGUUGAUCAGUGGCUGGAUAUCUCUGAGAGGAUGGAUGCAGACAUCAGUCUUUACACUCGCUCUCUUGAGCUGUGGAAUGACAUUAAUAAAAUGGCCAAUGACAUUGAGUGUUGGAGUGUCAUCUCUGUCAGUGAGCUCAGUGAGGGAGCUGCCAGUCUUCUCUCUGCUCACGACAUGGAAGGACACCUCUCUGAGUUCAAGCUGGAGUUAGAUAAUAAGGAAGAUGAGCUGAAUACCUUGCAGGCAAAGAUGACACAGCUACAGGAACUGAUGAAAACCCAGCACAUACAAGCUGAACUGCAGGUGAUGGCUGCAGAUCUGAGGAAGCAGAUUUCCCAUGCUGCAGAGGUGUAUGAACAGACCAAAGGCAUGUAUAAAGACUUCAACUCCCAGAGGCAGCAGCUUCAAGACCUAAUUUCCCAGAUUUCAGAGCAGCUGAAGACUUCAGAGGACUCGCUGUCAGAGUUUUCAUCAUCCUCUGACCCAGAGAAUUUUGUUAAGAUCAAGGAGGUUGAGAGGUCACAGAAGCAGUUAGAGGUGAGUCUGGACAUAGCAAGUGAGUCUCUCAGAGCACUGUGUAGAACAUAUCCAACUCAGCACCUGACCCUGUUGGGUGACGCUGUCUCCCACCUGGUCAAGAGGAAUGAAGAAGUGACACAACGCCGCAGCCAGAUCUUGGGGUCUCUUCAGGAUGCUCUUCUGCAGCGCUUCAAUGAGAAAGCACAUGCUUUUCACCGUUGGCUGUCUGAGCUGAGGGCUGGAAUUGAGGACUGCUUUAAGCAAACAGGAGAUGCUGCUGCUAUUUCAGCCAAGCAACAAAAGCUCAAGACUGCAGUAGAGGAAGUCAUGGAGGGUGAGGUGCGCUUGGCCCGUGUUUGUGAGGAUGGAGAGAGACUCCUCUUGCACCUCAGCAAAUGUGGGACUGGAAGCAUACAGGAGCAACUGGACUCUUGUCAAUAUGCCUUGGAUUCAUUUGUUAUGGAUUGCCGACAGCGCAUACGGGCCCUGGAAGAAAGUGCCAACCUAUUAAAUGGGUAUGAAACGUGUGUGGUGGAGCUGAGCGACUGGCUGCAACAGCUGGAGGUGAGGCUGAAGACAGAUGCUCCUCUGUGGGGUGAGAGUCAGUCUGCAGCCCCCGACUGCUCAGAAGAGCUGAGAAGAGUAGAAGAAAUCCACAGAGAGCUGCUGAUGAGGAGGGCAUCUCUUGAGCGUCUGUGUCAGUCCUCUCUCACCAUAACAGAGAGAGGAUCUAGAUCAGAGAAUGGUGUGGCAGCAGAGUUGCUCACAAACCACAAGGUUUUGCUGCAGGAGGCCAGGAGUCGACUCCGCAGCCUGCAGGAGUACCAGGCAUUUGAGGAGGCACUAAAGGCGGUGGAAACCUGGCUGGAGGAUGUUGAGAGGAAGUUAGAGAAACUGGAGAACACAGAGGGGAAUAAAAAGGAGGUGGAAGAGAAACUUGAGCAAGCACAGGAUAUCCUGCUUAUGAAGGGAGAGGGUGAGGUAAAACUCAACAUGGCGGCCGGGAAGGCAGAGCUGGCCAUCAAGAGCAGUGGAGAAGUGGAACGAGGAGUGAUUUGCUCUAAGCUUCAGGAAGUUGAAGACGCAUGGGCGGCACUGCUUUUGAGAGCCAUGAGCUGCCACAGUCGAUUGGAAUGGACCGUUAAUCAGUGGGAUUUGUUUGUGGAGUCUCGUGCACAGCUGCAGAGAUGGCUGGAGGGAGUAGGGCUGGAGGUUAAAGGUCCUCUUGAGCCCCAGCUUGGACUCUCAGGAGAAACGAACGAAGCAGAGGAAGAUGAGAUUAAUAUUUGA